AUGGCCGUGUACCGCGUGUGUGUGACCACUGGCCCCUACCUGAUGGCCGGCACACUGGACAACAUCUCCGUUACACUGGUGGGCAUGUGUGGUGAGAGCCCCAAGCAGCUGCUGGAUCGUGUGGGCAGGGACUUCGCCCCUGGAUCGGUGCAGAAGUACAAGGUGCGCUGCUCAGCAGAGCUGGGUGAGCUCUUGCUGCUGCGUCUACACAAGGAGCGCUAUGCUUUCUUCCGCAAGGACUCCUGGUACUGCAGCUGCAUCUGUGUCACCGCCCCUGAUGGUACCCUGUCCCACUUCCCCUGCUAUCAGUGGAUUGAGGGCUUCUGCACCAUAGAGCUGCGACCAGGAACAGCAAGAACUAUUUGUCAGGACUCCCUUCCCCUCCUUCUGGAUCACAGGAAACGGGAACUCCAGGCCCGACAGGAAUGCUACUGCUGGAAAGUCUACGCCCCUGGCUUCCCCGGCAUUGUGGACGUCAGCAGCUUUGAGGAGAUGGAGUCAAACAAGAAAUUUGCCUUGACCAAGAUGACACCUUGUGCAGACCAGGGUGACAGUGGGAAUCGGUACCUGCCUGGCUUCCCCAUGAAAAUUGACAUCCCGUCCCUGCUGUACAUGGACCCCAAUAUUCGCUACUCAGCCACCAAGACGACUUCGCUGCUCUUCAAUGCCAUCCCUGCGUCCUUGGGGAUGAAGCUUCGAGGGCUGCUAGACCGCAAGGGCUCCUGGAAGAAGCUGGAUGACAUUCGGAAUAUCUUCUGGUGCCACAAGACCUUCACUUCAGAAUACGUCACAGAGCACUGGCAUGAAGACCACUUCUUCGGGUACCAGUACCUGAAUGGUGUCAAUCCUGUCAUGCUCCAUUGCCUCUCCAGCUUGCCCAGAAAGCUGCCUGUCACCAAUGACAUGGUGGCCCCUUUGCUGGGACCAGGCACCUGCCUGCAGACAGAGCUAGAGAGGGGGAACAUCUUCCUAGCCGACUACUGGAUCCUGGCGGAGGUCCCCGUCCACUACCUAAAUGGCCGCCCUCAGUACGUGGCCGCCCCGCUCUGUCUAUUGUGGCUCAACUCCCAAGGGGCGCUGGUGCCCUUGGCCAUCCAGCUCAGCCAGACUCCCGGGCCCGACAGCCCCAUCUUUUUGCCCACUGACUCCGACUGGGACUGGGUGCUGGCCAAGACGUGGGUGCGCAACUCCGAGUUCCUGGUGCACGAGAACAACACGCACUUUCUGUGCACGCACUUGCUGUGUGAGGCCUUCGCCAUGGCCACGCUGCGUCAGCUGCCUCUCUGCCAUCCCAUCUACAAGCUCCUGCUUCCCCACACUCGCUACACGCUGCAGGUGAACACCAUCGCAAGGGCCACGCUGCUCAACCCUGAGGGCCUUGUGGACAAGGUCACGUCCAUCGGGAGGCAAGGUCUCCUCUACCUCAUGAGCGCUGGUCUGGCCCACUUCACCUACACCAAUUUCUGCCUUCCGGACAGCCUGCGGGCCCGCGGCGUCUUGGCCAUUCCCAACUACCAUUACCGAGACGACGGCCUGAAGAUCUGGGCCGCCAUUGAGAGCUUUGUCUCAGAAAUCGUGGGCUACUAUUAUCCCAGUGAUGUGUCUGUGCAGCAGGAUUCGGAGCUGCAGGCCUGGGUCGGCGAGAUUUUUGCUCAGGCGUUCCUAGGCCGAGAAAGCUCAGGCUUCCCACGCCAGCUGUGCACCUCAAGAGAGCUGGUGAAGUUCCUCACUGCAAUCAUCUUCAACUGCUCCGCCCAGCACGCAGCUGUCAACAGUGGGCAGCAUGACUUUGGGGCCUGGAUGCCCAAUGCCCCAUCAUCCAUGAGGCAGCCCCCACCACAGGCCAAGGGGACCACCACCCUGAAGAGUUACCUAGACACUCUCCCAGAAGUGAACAUCACCUGUAAAAACCUUCUCCUCUUCUGGUUGGUCAGCCAAGAGCCCAAAGACCAGCGCCCCCUCGGCACCUACCCGGACGAGCACUUCACUGAGGAGGCCCCGCGGCGGAGCAUCGCUGCCUUCCAGGGCCGCCUGGCCCAGAUCUCGAGGGACAUCCGAGAUCGCAACCAGAGCCUGGCGCUGCCCUACACCUACCUGGACCCUCCCCUCAUCGAGAACAGCGUCUCCAUCUAA